UGGAUGGCCGUGCCGGUAUGGGCCGAGUGGCUGUGUCAGUGGCGGGGAUGUGAGCGGCGUUUAUCGGCUGUGGGUUAACAGGAAGGAGGGGAGCUUGGCCCACCGGGACCAUGCAGUCAGUGCUGGCUUAUGGCCGCCUAGUGGCCCGGGCUGUUCUGGGAGGCGGCGUGAGGCAGACGGAAAGGCGGGAAUACCGGCUCAUCACCGUCAGCUGCGGCUUCGGCAAGGACCUCCGCAAGGGCAGCGGCACCGCCGCCAAGGGCAGCGGUUACGGAGACGAUGCGUGCUUCGUGGCUGCUCACCGGCUGGCAGAUGUACUGGGGGUAGCAGAUGGCGUCGGAGGAUGGUGGGACUAUGGUGUGGACCCAUCCCAAUUUUCCACUACACUGAUGCAAACGUGUGAGCGACUUGUUCAAGAAGGACUAUUUGUACCCAGCAACCCUGUGGGUAUCCUGACAGCUAGUUACAAUGAAAUGCUACAGAACAAGGCUCCAUUACUGGUUGGAACUCAUGAGCAACAUGAGGAGGACAGCUGCUCAUGCGUGUCCUGUCUGCUAUGGUUGUACCCAUGUCACAAGGGAAACGCAUGUGAAAAUACCAGUUCAUUAGAAACUACCAUUGAGAGUUCUGCAGCAACAGCUUUAAUCGUGCUUCUUAUACAUUUUUACAUGAUCUUCCCUGAAACCGCAAAUAAUGGUCACCCUGAAGCAGCAGAAGGUUCCAUGUUCAAUGUAGAAGUGGGUGAUAUCAUUCUUACGGCAACAGAUGGGCUCUUUGACAACAUGUCAGACUACAUGAUCUUACAACAGUUACAAAAAUUGAAGGACUCAAGUUACCAGAGUUUGAAUGAAACAGUGAAAUGUUUAGCUAAACGGGCACAACAGUUGGCAUAUGACCCAAACUAUAUGUCUCCCUUUGCACAGCAUGCCUGUGAAAAUGGGCUCAACGUCCAAGGUGGAAAGCCAGAUGACAUCACUGUGCUAUUAUCAGUUGUGACUGAGAGCAAAGAAUGAAGAGAAAUCUUACCUCAUUGACUCCGAGCUCCAAGCUGACACACCUCAGAGUGGCAACCCUGAAUCCCACAAAUCUCUGCUGGGGCAUCCUGUCAGAGGUGACUUCUGAUCUAUGCAGAUUACCACAUUCAAGGAAUUCAAGCGGUUGAAAUAUUGGGUGAAUGAUUGAUCUAUUCAAUCCUGUAGUUUGGGAAAAUUACAUUUUGCCCUUUCUUGCUUUUCACAAUCUAUGGAGGCUUUGUAAAAUAACUUGAGAUUUUAAAAACUCUACAUCUUACAUUAGUCUCCAUCCCAUUGCAGAUAUCUCCACCCCUUUCUAUUUGGUCAUUAAAGACUGAAGAUAACUAUCUGGUUUUCUUGAACAAUUUUGAUGCCUUGGCGAUUCAUGGAAACUUGGUCAGCUAUAAGAUUUUUAAAAAAACUUUUGUCGAAUAAAUGCAUUAACAUAUUGGUCCAAGUACAAUUUACAAAAAAGUUAAUUACAAAAAAAGUUUGUUUUGUUUUUUUUCCAGUCAUAAGUUUGAGUAAAAUGCAAAGUCCCAUAUGAAUGAUAUGGGAGGCUCAUACCCUUUUUCCAAUAUCCUUUGUCUCAAAUGUUAUUGAAAGGUGUCAGUUUUUGGGCUAGAUUUUCUGAGAAAGGGAAUGUAAAUUGACUGAAAAGAGAAAUUGUCAUUUUUAUGCAAGAGAAUUAUUGAAUUUUCAAACCCAAAUGCAGGGUGCAAUUUUGACAAAAAGGUGGUUUUCUGCACUAGGUGCCUGCUGGAACAUGUUUCCAGAAAUGAACUCUUUCAAGUCUGAACGGCAGCCAUUACGGUGCCUGAUAAUCCAUUGUACUGAGAAACAGACCAGUUGUAGAAUCUUCGUAGUGUAUCAGCAUGGCUGCUACUGCAUUUACACCUCUUCAAAUAAAAAUGCAUAGUGACUACCUGGUCUCUAUGCAAUGGACUGUUCUGAUCCAAAGGUGUCAUAUAGACCUGAUUUGUGGGCAAUCUAUUUGGAUUUCAUUGAGUUAAACCACUGUUAGAUUUGUGAUAAUAAUUGGUUUAAGUGUCACUACGGAAUCAUCAUGCUGUGAACAACCUGCAGAGCUGUGUGCAGAAGAGCACAGUGAGUGUUUAAAUGCCUCAGAGUACACCUGAAAUCAACAAAAUGGAUCGUGCAGGAGAUCUGUGAUCCUUCACCUUAAAUAUCACGUGGCAUGUGACAAAUCCUGUACCAGUUAUUUAUCCACUGAAUAAGAGACACAACCCCAGCAGAGAUCAUUGAAAUAUGAAACCUGCUUGCUGAAAUUAUUGAAAUUUAUUUGUAAUGGUCAAUUCAGAAGUUUCGGUUGUACUGGUGGGUUGUGCCAUAUCCUUAAUCACAUUCUUUCAAACUUAUUGUAGUCCGUUUAUAUUUGACUUAUUUUUCUAAACUUGGUAUUGUGGCUUCAUUAUGCUUUGAAUCUCUUCCAAGCUAGCCAUUUGACCAUACAGCAUGUUUUUUUAAAGAAUUUAAAAUGAAUGGAAGCUACUGGGUAAUCUUUGUGGCCUAUGCUUAUAUUAUUGAUACUAUAAUUGCAGUUUUACUGGCUGUGAAUUCUUCCAACCCUGUCUUGAAACUAUUUUAAUGUUUUCCUACAGCAGGGAUAAUUGGUAACUUAUUGUGGGAGUUAUGCCAAUGUUGCUGUAUGCUAAAUAUAGACAUGCUCUUCCAUGGAUGUGGGAUAAUCACCUAUUUAACCUUUUAGUAGUGCCUUCUGGAGAUCAGCAUCUACGGAAUGUGAUCUAUUGGUUAUUCACUGAGUAGACUAACUGCUUCUCUCUUGUGGAUUCGGCUUUCCUGUAUAUGAUGUCUUCUGAAUGCUGAUAUCAAAAGUCCUGAUCACUAGUAUAUUUCAUGUUAAUUUGUGUUUGUCUGCCAGUUAAAUACAACUGCUCUUUUGCUGUUGUUGAUGCCAAAGGAUAAAUUGUCACUGAAAGAAGCAGUCAAUCCAAUCUCGAAUCAUCUAGUGGUUUCAGUAGUAACUCUGGUCAGAAGAGAAUGCACCAAUGCCCUGAUUCGGGGCUGCUUGUUGAAUUUCAGAGCAUUCAGAAUAAUGUGGCAUUACGUUAUCUUAAAGCUGAGGUUGUGCUGUUUGAUGUUGCGAACUGCAGUCAACAUAAGCUGCAACCUCCAUUAAUCUGAAAUGAUAAAGCAGAUUCUCUAGAUCCCAGAGGGAGAGUAAAAGUGUACUGAUUGCCUAUUUCACUUGCUGCAGCAGUCUUUUUAAUGAGCGAGAUAGUGGCCUGCAAGAAGAAGGACUUGUCCCAGAUAAUAUUGGUCUUGGCCUUCCUUUCACAAGUAAGGUGAGCGUUUGCAUUAGCUGCACCUCAGGAACAGGUAAAGUUCACUGAAAAGAUCAAGAAAUUGAGAAACACUGCUUUUAUUAAAAUAUAAAAAGGUGCAUUUAAAAACAAUUGAGCUUGAUGUCCUGUUCAAAAAAAAAAAUUAGAAUCCAGUUUGUUCCAAAUGGUUAAAUUCCCAGGUUCAAGAGAGAAGCAGAUGGGCCAUGAUCUCCCUCGGGCUCUGCUGCUAUUUUGCAUGUUUCUGUAUCCUCCUUUUGAGCAAGGCACGAGUUAUAACUGCUUCAGAUUUGAUUUUUUGCAAAGGAGAGCUACUGCUGUUUGAACUCAGAGCCAUAGGAAUAUCUGCAGCAAUAUGUCUGUGAUUCUCUGUAUAUGAUAUUUGUAUAUAGUCCAUGUACUAUGCACAUGGAUUUGUACAGGUGUUUUUCAGGUUUGGUUUUGUUGUAGUCUUAAUGUUUAAAAAUACAAAGUUAAGCUUGAUUCAUGUAACUGCAAUUGCACAAAAUAAGGAAUUGAGUAUUGACACUGUUACAGAACAUUGCACUGAAAUCUUUAGAACACACUGUGAUCUUUAUGUAGAGGUCACAUUUUAUAACAUUACGAGAUCUGGUUCAUUUUUUGAACCCAUAAUAUGAAGGUGGCAGAUAUACUAGGUGUCCUUUCUCCUUCACCAUCCUGAAGAACAGGUUCUUUAGUGAGAGAAUGUAGUGAUCAUCACAGCCUUGAGCUGUAUUAUAACUAAGGAAGACCAAUAAACACAUUCUUCAUUUA